AGAAUAAGAAGAAACUUAAUUGACAGCUAAUGUGAGGCUAUCUUCACUUUGUGUUUCUACUUUAUUUAUCUAUGAAUUAAUUAUUGUAAAGUAAACUGUAAAAAACUAUUUAUAAUAGUCAAAAAUCAAGUUUAAUCAAAUGGAAGUAAAACAAGAAAACAACGAGGAAGCUUGUAAAGUAGAACUAGAGUAUAAUGAUUUGGAUAAUGCUCUUUUGGAUGGUUUUAAAUGUGAAAUUCAGGAAGAAUCAAAUAGGCAAAGUACACAUGAUACAUAUAAUUAUUUAGACUUAAAAGAACCUCCCAUAAAUACUAAAAUAGAACCACAUGGGAAUAAACUUAACCAAUUUGAAGAAAACCAAAAAGCUGAAAAAGGUUAUCCCCAAGAGGAAAACAAAAUGGAGACACUAAUCAGACAUUCAUCUAAUGAAGCAAAUUUGAUAAUUCCAUAUGCUGAAGGUAAAACAUUCAAUCAGAAUAUGAAAGUUGAGACUAGACAAAGACUUUACAAGUGCGAAAUUUGUUUUAAGCAAUUUAGUAAAUCAAGUCAUUUGAAACCACAUUUGAGAUCUCACACUGGAGAAAAACCUUACAAGUGUGAUAUUUGUUUUAAGCAGUUUACUACAGGAAGUUCUUUAAAAAGACAUUUGAGAUCGCACACUGGAGAAAAACCUUACGAGUGUGAUAUUUGUUGUAAGCAGUUUACUCAGGAAGGUUCUUUGAAAAAACAUUUGAGAUUGCACACUGGAGAAAUACCAUACAAGUGCGAAAUUUGUUUAAAGCCGUUUACUAAUUUAAAAAUACAUUUAAGAUUGCACACUGGAGAAAAACUUUCCAAGUGCGAAAUUUGCUGUAAACAGUUUACUACAAAAGGUUCAUUGAACGCACAUUUGAAAUUGCACACUGGAGAAAAACCUUACAAGUGCGAAAUUUGUUUGAUGCAGUUUUCCCGGAAACAUCAUUUGGACAUUCAUGUGAGAGUGCACACUGAACAAAAACCUUACAAGUGUGAAAUUUGCUGUAAACAGUUUACUACAAAAGGUUCAUUGAACACACAUUUGAGAGUGCACACUGGAGAAAAACCUUACAAGUGUGAAAUUUGUUUAAAGCAGUUUUCGCAGAAAAUUCAAUUGGACUUUCAUGUGAGAAUGCACACUGGAGAAAAACCUUACAAGUGCGAAAUUUGUUUAAAGCAGUUUACUGAUAAUUCUAAUUUAAAAAUACAUUUGAAGGUGCACACCGGUGCAUCGAAUCGCUUUAAACAAAUUUCACACUUUACAAGUGUGAAAUUUGUUUAAAGCGAUUUACUAAUUCAUCCCAUUUGAAAACACAUUUGAGGGUGCACACUGGAGAAAAACCAUACAAGUGCGACAUUUGUUUGAUGCAGUUUUCCCAGAAAAAUAAUUUGGACGUUCAUGUGAAAGUACAUACAGGAGAAAAACCUUAGGAGUGCGAAAUUUGUUUAAAGCAGUUUACUGAUAAAACUAAUUUACAAAUACAUUUAAAGGUGCACACUGGAGAAACACUUUACAAGUGCGAAAUUUGUUUAAAGCAAUUUAUUAAUUCAGCUUAUUUGAAAACACAUUUGAGGGUACACACUAGAGAAAACCCUUACAAAUGCGAAAUUUGUUUAAAUCAGUUUACUGCUAAAGCUAAUUUAAAAAUACAUUUGAGAGUACACACUGGAGAAAAACUUUCCAAGUGUGAAAUUUGCUGUAAACAGUUUACUACAAAAGGUUCAUUGAAAACACAUUUGAGAUGUCACAAUCGAGAAAACCCUUACAAGUGAGAAAUUUGUUUAAUGCAGUUUACUGAUAAAAUUAAUUUAAACAUAUAUUUGAGAUCGCACAUUGGAGAAAAACUUUACAAGUGUCAUAUUUGUUUUUAAGUAGUUUUCUCGAAAUAUUACGUUCAAAUGACAUCUGAAAGUACAUACAAGAAAUAAUCUUAAAAUGUGAAAUUUGUUUUAAAAGAUUUUUUUGAUUUUAAAAGAUAAAGUUUGAAAUUUAAUUUAACUGAAUAUAUGCAAGUUCAUCUUGGAGAGACUGUAGGGUUGUUAAUUAUAGUAUUUUUUAAAGAAAGAGUAGUAUUUUAUUUUUCUUGGCAAAGUAGCGUCAUUCUUCAUCAAUAUUUAUCUCGAAUUUUCUGCCUUAUUAAGAGUGAAAAAUUGCUUUGGAAAAAAAUAGGAUAAACUUGCGGAAAUUUACAAAUAUAUUUUGAAGUGCACUUUCCGUUUUUGAAGUAUUUAAGAAGUCAUUCUUUAUGUGAGUCAAUGGAAAAUAAUGCACUUAUACAUAUCGUCCCUACCAUUUCCAAUUGUCGAAUGUGAAAAAUCGGGGUUUCCAGAUUUCAUACCUUGUCCUUGCAUUCGACGUAAUACACCUUGUAGCAAAAUAUCGAAAUUGUAGCUUGAUAAGGAACGCGGGAAAAUUUUGUUUAAACCAUCGAAUAUGAACAUUUUGUCAUUUUGUUUUGGUCAAAAUAUCGAUUAUACUGCAAACUGACGAAAAUGAAAUAUUCGAUACUUUUGUUUUGUAUAAAUAUGUAUAACUAAAGGCAUAUUUUGUACGCAAACAAAGUCAACCGCUUUUUCUUUUUAUAUUUUAAGCACGCAACAUAAAAAACAUAACAACACUGUCAAACCGAAAUAUUUUGUUUCAUGAUCAUAGUUGACAUUUGCGGCUGCGGCUAUAUUCUGGAUUCUGGUUGCCUUUUAGAUGUUCAUGUUUUCUUACAGAAUACAGUUUUCUUACAACUUACAGUGCUUUCUUAUAGAAUUUAAAUUUACGGGCACUUACAAUUUAUAGUGAUUUCAAUUUUCACUUUUUGAGUGUAAAAUUAUCAUUGAAAUACACAAAAUCAGGUCUAAUCAAAUGGAAGUAAAACAAGAAAAUAGCGAGGGUGUGUGUAAAGUAGAAGUAGAGUAUAAUGUGUUGAAUAAUGCUUUUUUGGAUGGCUUUAAAUGUAAAACCCAGGAAGAAUCAAAUAGGCAAAGUACAUGUAAUUAUUUAGACUUAAAGGAACAUACUAAAAUAGAACAAGAUGGUAAUAAACUUAAUUCAUGUAGUGAAAACCAAAAAGGCAAAAGUAUAGAGAAAGUGCCGAUGAAGUUGGCCAUAAACGUCAUGUCAAAUUUGUGUUUGCGGUAUUGCCAUGUCCUUAUUAUGUAUAUGUUUUAUGCCUCAAAUAUCCUUUGAAAAAGUACAUUUUUAUUAUUUUAUGAAAUUGGGUAUUUUUUAAAUUGAUAUAAAACACGAACGACUGAAUAUUUGUUUCUUAUGAUAUUAGUUGUAGUUAGAUAUUAGAAAAACAUAUGGACAGAAAACGAUGGCGGUCGAAAUGCGAGAAACGGCAGAGGCUGUAGGAACCUCGCUUAUAUAUAUAUAUAGAAUAUUAGAAAAAAAAAAUUAUAAUUGGUCUUUGGUAGAUUAGCAAAUAAACUUGGCAAUACUGUCAAAACUUUGAAAACACUAGCUGCCACACUGCAACAGAUGUUCAGCAGAUUUCAAUUUUAUGACUGUUUUCUUAUAAUUUUGGGAUGAAAUGGUACCUGAAUAAAUGCUUACACAAUCAAAGUUAAUUUAAAUUAUAAUAAAUUAAUUAAUCUUUUUUUAAAAACUUAAAAAGAAUGUUUAGUAACUUAAACAGGCAACUUAGAAAUACAAAUAUACUCUACACUACCUUCCACAAUACAAAUUAUGGUAAAAAUGUGCCAAUGUACACAAUAUUGCGUACUUAAAUAUAAAUAAAUUCAUUAUCAUCUUUAACAUAUCAAAUAGCAAACUUAAAGAAACAAUUCUUGGUAUCAUAAAGUAAAUUUAUUAUUUUUUAUCUUUUAUUUUGUUAAUUAUCUUUUAAUUUAUAAAAUAUACAUUGUAAUGGGAGUUUUCUGUCAAAUAAAUAAAUAUUAUUGUUUUUUUGUGUUA